AUGAUAAUCGACCUCGACUCUCCCAAACACCCGCUGGUGUCCUCGAACGCUGCAUCUGUCCUCCUCAUCGGUGGUCGUAGGCGAAGGAUAAGGGGUAUUAUCCCUCGUAGAGUGGUUCACCUGGCCUAUCCGUCGAUAUUCUGUUCCAUCUCUCUCCUCUCGCUAUCUAUCAUCACCUACAUGAAGGAUAGGCGAGUUGAGGCCUCAAACUUCCUCAAUACUUCCAUGAAUCGCAACGCGGCGCUGUCAUCUUUCGUCGCAGCCUCAUUCACGAUCUCCUACUGCUCCGCCGUCACACUCUCAUCUAUGUUUUCCCUAUCACUACCCCGGCGCCUCACGGAGAGAUGGACCUCCUUACAGUUCAAAUACGCGAAUUUGAUCUUCGUCGCAGUGCUGACGUCUUUCUGGGCCUUCGUCCUCUAUACCAAUUUACUCCAUAUCGAGCGCCUCCAGGUGGAGACAGUGUGCUACGGGGAGGAGCCACAGUGCUUCACGCACAAGAGCAUGUUCAUUAGCCAUCGUCGUUUGAACAUGGCUAUCCUCGCGACGGUCGAGACUGUCUUGGUGGCCUCCAUCGCAUCGACGUUCUUCACAUCUAUUGCUCGUACGAGUAGCAAGGGUGGCAGGCUACCUCGUUAG